AUGAGCCACCACUCUCCCUCCAUCCGUAAGCUCAUCCUCGCCCUGGCGGCGAGUGUGCAUGCAGCUAAUGCCUACGACUACGACGACGACGAAUACUACACGAGAGGAUGGGACGACAUCGAUGAGCAGACGCCCAUGCUCACCACACGAUGCUGGUACUACAGCUGCCACUACAACGGGAGCUGGCACCUCACUGGCCCUGCAGUCGCCGGCAUCGUCCUCUUCUCCAUCCUCAUGCUCAUCUUCAUGGGCGUGCUCGUCCGCCACUGUCUCAGCGACAGGGACUGCACCGACGCCUACUACCAGCAGCAAAACUACCAGGAGGCCUACCUGCCGCAGCAGAGGCCGGCGGCGCCUCACUACUCGUACCCGGCCAACGCGGGCCACUCGGGCUCGGGCUCGUCCAUCUCCAACAGGCAGGAGAUGAGGGAGCACACGAGGGAGCGCCGCCGCUACGCCGCCAUGCCCGUCGUGCCCCUCACCAUCCCCCAGAACCAGCCCGGCCAGGUCUCCUCGGCGCCCCCUCCCUGGGAGCCCCGCGAGCCCCUGCCCGCGUACAUGACGGACGCCAACAACCCCAAGGUCGCGCCGGCCGAGGAGAAGCCCGGCGCCAACUCGGACGGGGCGAGCGACUACUCGUACAGGUGA